ACCCUUACGGAAACCCCCUGGAGUAACUGAAUAUUGUGGAUAAUUGGUCGGAUCGUGAAUGGUAAAUGGCGGCGCCGGCCGGAGUCCAACAGAAGCAGUCGCCUGAGAGAGUGGUGGAGGAGCUGAAUCGUCUGCAUCUGCAGUAUUUCAACCUCCAAUGGGUAAAGAGUCGUGCCAUUACCCUCUCCGAGACCAUCUCUAGAGUCCUCAACGAUUUCGACGCCAUUUUACGAACUAACACUUUUCUUAAAUGGUAUUAUAUUUGGGGGAAAUUUUCAAUGGUAGAAUUGGGACUAUCUACACUUUUGAAAGAGAUUGAGGAAGCUUCAAAGCUUUUGGUUGUGCAUCCGAACAACGUCAAUCGCGAGAAUGCUACUGUUCUACCUGCUAUGUUGUCGUCAAAGCUUUUGCCUGAAAUGGAGAUUGGUGACAACACAAAGAGAGAGCAAUUGUUAAAUGGGAUGGAAAACCUACCAGUUUCUAUGCAAUUUGAGAAGCUAAAGACCAUAACGGAUAAGAUUGGAGCAGCCUGGGAAGGUUCUAAUGAUGCUUGCAUUUCCAUUCAUACGAAACGACUGAGAUCAAUAGUUCUUCCAACCAUCAACAAGGUUCAAGAUGCAAAAAUACGAGAACAAGAGAAUUUGCUUCGGAGUGCUGUAAAUGAUGGUGAAGGGUUAAGAAUGCCUGAAGACCAAAGACAGGUGACUUCUUCACUUCCAAUGCAUCUGGUUGAUGUGCUUACUGGCCAGAUCUUUUUUGAUAGAAUCUGUGAUGUACCGGAUGACUACACCUUUCUCUUCAACGACCAGCAAUAAAUCAGGGAACCUUGUUACAGGCCUCUGGCACACAAGUUGUUGGGAGAGUAGCAGCUUCCCCUUCCGUGCUACUGCAAGUGCUUCCUUGGAUAACACGAUCGCAACUCUAUCUACACUUUUUGAUUAACUAUAUCAGAUGUCGAAGCAAGGAAAUUGGGCAUAUUUGCUGGGAUGUGAAAGACUUUCUUUUUCGUAAAAUUAGGAAUAGAUUACUCUCGUGGAGGAGAUGAUGCAUUUUGGAACAUUGGCUCACUGACUUUUUCAAUGCAUAUUCUGUAUAGAAAUGUGAGAACGGGGAGUCGAUGAAUGACAACGAUCUUAAAUACAAUAUUGGACUUGCUCCGUCUGUCUAUCA